ACGGUAUAACGUCAGUCACGUGACUAUUGCGGAAGUCAACAAUGGAGGCAGGGAGUGUAGCGCCCUGAACCUUCCUGAUGUUUGUUACUUUUUAGACAUUUUAUAAUGUAUUUUUUAAGCGGAAACCUAAAGGAAGCCUCAGAACGAAUGAAGAUAAAAGUGUUAAUUUACUGAGAGACGAUUUUUAGCUGCUUAAUCUGAAGAAAAACAAUUGUUAAUAAUGGAUAAAGAUAAUUAUGGAGCCUCAAAAGUGAACGUGUUCCUUGUUUUGACUUACGGCAUUUUGGUGUUUGUUUUGCUGUUCAUCUUUAUAAAAAGACAAAUUAUGCACUUUGCCAUUAAGUCUCGACGAGGACCACAUGUUCCCAUUGGCCACAAUGCUCCAAAGGAGAUGAAACAAUUAAUUGAAGCCAAAUUGUGCGAGGUCCAGAAAAUCCACUUUGAGCCCCGUCUGUUGUCCCCAGCUGAUGACCGACUAACACAGAGACGACAGUCUGGUUCUGAUGGCUGUCUGUACAGGAUGAAAGCACUAGAUGCUGUCCGGGACACUGAUUUUCCUUUCCGUGAACUGGGUGGCACUCCCACCGCUGUGACGGGAAAAAGAUUUCGGACCUGGCUGCUGCAGCUGCGAAAUUCCCACUGCAUGCUUAGAGACAAGCAGAGCUCCCUGAUAGACACAGUGUUAGAUGGCUACAACAAAGCACGCCAUGGGGCCGAGGCUUUUGGAGAAGCAGAGUUCAUCAAGUACCAGGAAGCUCUAACUGAGCUAGCCGAUGUAAGGAAGCACGACCCUUCCCCACACUGUUCCUUCCCAGAUUUUGUGUUCAGAGACCUGAGCGGCACCAUCGAGCCCAGCAGCCCUUCCUCCUGCUCCUCGUCCCCCACCCAAACCACCUACCUCACAUCUGCAGCGCAGCAACGCAGCAAGAGGCCCAGGAACUUCCUGGAGCUGAAGAACUUCAAAGAUAACUACAACACGCUAGACAGCACCCUCUGAAAUAAUUAUGGAUCUGUCCAAAGGAAAAAAGUUUUAAGUCAUAUACGACUGCCUGUAAUCCCAGUGCCUCGCUCACUGUCGCCUGACAGCAUCAGAUUAAACACACUGCCUUCUUAUUAUGACGUGCACUGCAGAACACUGCAUAUCAGACCACUGAUUCAAACACUGCUAUCUGCCUACGUGUGGCGUCUUUCUGUUACUGCAUGUAUACUGUAAGUGCUAUAAUAUAACUGAUAGUAAGCAGGGUUGACUUGACCAAAACAAAGAAAUUUAUAGUGCUUAUGCAACAGCAUAGGACAAUCAGUAUUUAUUGCACAAUGUAUUCACCUAUGCAGAUAUGUUCAAAUUAACCGCCUAAGUGUAUAAAAUAAUAGUUAAUAGCUAUGAAAUAAACUACUGUAUGUGCAUUUUUCUAUCAUGAAAGAAAACACUGUUUAUGCCAGUAAAUUUUAUGUUUAUGUAUGUUUCUAUGUUGUUCCUUUGAGCCAUAUAUAUGUGUUUUUUAUUUCCUUUAAGCCUUUUCUUACAAAAGCCAUAUAAUUCAGGAACUGUAUUGAUUAAGUGCCUCUUUUUUGAUCAGUUAUCUUUAUUGAACAGUAUUUUAGUGUUUUAAUAUGUGUUGGGGUUGAGGUAUGACUUCAGGGGAAGACUGUUAACUGUGUAGUCUUACAAAUUAGCCUGCUGAUAUGAGAAGCAUCUAUUUUUUAAUUGUUAGACUUAUCUAACUUUGAGUACUUUUUAUUUCCUGUGGUGCUUAUGAAUACAUGCCAUGCAAAAAAGGCAAUACUGUCAAGUUGCACAAUAUGCUUAACAUAAUAAACAGUAAAUUCUUAACUGAAA